UUGCAAUUCUAACUUUUAUACCGUGAAGUCUAUCGGCAAGCCUUGACGUCGGCUCGUACCACUCCUCUUGGAAACACAACCGCACUCCGUUCGACACAGUUCGAUGAAACGUAGUACUUCCAGGUAAUACCGUGAGACGGAACGACACCUGCCAGUGAAGACAGCGGCCAUACGACACAUAAACGACUGCGGUUGGAGAUGGACAACAGCGGCCCAUCCAUUCUCGACCAGGCCGAGAAUCUGGGGUUCACCCGCGACGAGGACUUCUGGUACGACGACGGCAGUAUAAUUCUCAUUGCACAGGACGUCGGCUUCCGAGUAUACCGGGGCUUGCUGGUCAAGCUAUCCGAGAUAUUUCGCGACCUCUUCACCGUCCCUCAGCCGCCGCACGGACAGCUUGUCUGUGGAUGCCCAGUCGUCCAUCUGCCCGACACUGCGGCUUCUCUUAGAGAGUUCUUGGAGGCGCUGCUGCAUGGGAAAAGAUAUGUCCCAGAGGACGACGGGGAAUUGGACCACCUGUCCUAUCGGAUUCGCCUCAGUCACAAGUAUGGAAUCGAGUAUCUCCUGAAGGAGUCUAUACAACAGCUGCAGGCCCUCUUUCCGACGCGCUUCGACGACUGGGCCGACCUGAACCCGUCUGGACCGUAUUCCGCUCUGCGGGCUAUCACAGCCGUCAACUUGGCACGUCUCACCGACACGCCGUCCAUCCUUCCCUCCGCAAUCUAUGCCUGCUGUCAGCUUCUGGACCAGGUCCUGCUCGAAGGUGCAACGCACCUCGAUGGCACGAUCGAAACGCUCGGCCGGGGCGAUCUAAUCAAAUGCAUGAAGGCGAAAGUCAAAUUUACCUGUAUGCAGACACAUAUGGUCCAUCAACAAUUUCGUGUAGCCGUAGCGCAACUAUCGACUGAAAACAGGGGACCGGGUAUACUCGAGCCGUGGGGCGACUUAUUAUGUGCAGACAGCGCCACGGUUGGGAUCGCCGAUGCCAACGCUCUCAGACCAUGCGCUCGUUGCAUGUCUGAUGUCGGCCGUCGGAUCGAUAGUGAGCAUAGGGAAUGGUGGUGCAGCCUGCCGGAGGACGUGGGCAUCGAAGUCGAUGACUGGGAGUAACUCAUGCAUGUCCCACAUGCAAUGAGACGCACUGACGUGCAUUUGCGACGAGGGUCGAUCAAUUGCGGCCCCUCGUUCGUCAGAUUGAUACGCAUCAGUGCAAGACUGCGGUGUAUCGAGCAUACCGAAUAAACACUUUGCCCUAUGGCAUUACUCAUGCAAACAUAUAUUCACAUUUAUACUCGUCCUUCGAUGCACGUUAAUACUUAAACCGCAAGAAUCUGUAGGUGAUUACUACGCGUA